AUGUCGAUCCAGACAAAUCUCUUCAUCAACAACGAGUAUCUUCCAUCGUCAACUGGUGAAACGCUCAGCAUCUACAGUCCAAGUGACGACUCCUUAGUUUCGGACCAGAUCCAAGUAGCUUCGGAAGCAGAUGUUGACAAGGCAGUCGCUGCAGCAAAAGCUGCUUUCCACACUUGGUGGGCAACUCCAGGCCCAGAGAGAGGUCGAAUUAUGCUCAAGUUUGCGGACCUUCUUGAGCGAGAUGCAAAAAAGCUGGCGAAGCUAGAAUCGAUGGCAAUGGGACUACCAAUUUCUGUUUCCACCCGUUUGGUCCAUAGCCCUGCUGCCAUCUGGCGCUAUUAUGCUGGGUUUUCAGAUAAGCUCGCAGGCGAAAGCUAUCCCCCAGAUGGAGAUGGCAUGUACAAGAUUGUAGCUUACGAGCCACUCGGUGUUUGCUCUGGGAUUUGUGCAUGGAACGUCACGCACAUCCUGGCAGCUUGGAAAAUGGCUCCGGCAUUGGCUGCUGGCAAUACCUUUGUCAUCAAAUCAUCCGAGAAAUCCCCAUUAGCACUGGCCGCAUACGGAGAGCUCGUCAAAGAGGCUGGCUUCCCUCCUGGUGUUAUCAACAUUCUGUCUGGAGCUGGAGCUGUUGGUGCCAUGUUGGCAUCGCACAUGGAUAUUGCAAAGAUUGCGUUUACCGGAUCGGCUGGAACUGGUAGACUUGUGCAGAUUGCCGCGGCCAAAUCGAAUAUGAAACACGUCUCUCUUGAACUUGGUGGAAAGUCCGCAGCGCUUGUAUUCGAAGAUGCCGACAUUGAAAAUGCAGUGCUCCACAACUCAGACAAUUUCCUGGCAAAUUCGGGACAGGUUUGUGUGGCUGCAUCUCGAGUUUUGGUUCACGAGAGUAUUGCGUCAAAGUUCAUCGAGGCUAUGAAGGUUGCAUUCGAAGCUGCAGAAAAGGGUAUGGGCGAUGCACUGCUCGAAUCCACAGUGUUUGGGCCUCUUGCAGAUAAGAAGCAGUUCGAUAACGUCAUGCGUUUUCUUGACGAGAGCAAGGCCGAUGGUGUUCGAAUAUUGACUGGUGGUGAACGGAAAGGCGAGAAGGGCACUUUUGUCAAGCCCACUGUGUUGCUCACCCAAGAUACCAAUGCAAAGGUAUACAAGGAGGAAAUCUUCGGCCCUGUUAUCACGGUGAGGACGUUCAAGAACGAAGAGGAUGCUAUUAAGCUUGCAAACGAUACGACUUAUGGUCUUGGUUCCACCAUCUUUACCGCCGACAUUGCUCGCGCUCUGCGGGUAGCUAGCAAGCUUGAGGCUGGUACUGUUUCCAUCAACAGUUCAUAUACGCCGAGCGUGCAAACACCCUUUGGGGGGUACAAACAAAGUGGUAUUGGUCGCGAAGGUGGACUUGAGGGAUUGAGGGAGUAUCUACAGGCUAAAGCUAUCCAUAUCAACAUGGGAAUUGGUAAAUAA